ACAGAUAAAGAUAAUGAAUUAGGAAAAAUAGAGCACGAAAAUAAGGAAGAUAGAAAAAAGAUUAAGGAUAAAAAAACAGAAGACUGGUUUUUAGGGAAUGUCGAAUAUUUAGAGGAUGAUGAAGAGGAAUUGAUGAAAAUGAAUAAUGAUAGUAAAACACUAGAAACAGAAACCAAAGGGGAUAGGGAUUUUGGUUUUGACGGGAACAACAUGCUCAGAGUCAGGAUAGAGGGCACUAUGGAUGAGCCAAGAAUUGUCGCGCCAAAAAAGGAACAAGGAACAGAUCCCACAUGUAACGGAUGCUAGCAGCGACACAAAAGAUCAAAGUGAAAAAUUCAGUUUAAAGAAGAAUAAGCUUGAAGAAGAGAAUAAGACAUAUAAAGGAUUACCUGCCAGGAAAGAUAUUAGUCACACGAACACUCUAAUUACACAAACUUCUACCCAGAGGGAUUACCCAGGACAAAUAGACAAUAUUCGGGGAAGCGAUCCAUCAAUAAAUGGAAGAAACAGUGAAGCGAAUAUACAUAGCAACUCUACUUUUGAGUCAGAGAUAUACAGGUACGUGACACAAGUAGGAGAGAAACCUCAAGAAAUAAAAAUGGUGGGCUUCAACAAGGCAGAAGUGACAUAUAAUAAUAGAGGAGCGGCAAACCAUAUGAUUUACCAAAAUAUAAAGCACGAUAAGGGAUUUUCCGUGCACAUUCCAAGACGUAAGCUCACAAGAAAAGGAGUGAUUCAUGAGUGGGAGGACUCAAUAAAGAAACUUGAAGGACAACUAAUGGAAGGCCAGGCUUUUCGAAGAAAGGAUUCCCGAGAAGAGGUUUUUUGGAGCGAAGCGAGCGUAGAACUCAAAAUUUAUUUUUUCAACUGA